UAAGGCAGGUGAUGUGGGCGGCAGUCUAUGCUAUGGAAGCUGGGAGAGUUAUGCUGCCAUUGAGAGGAUGGAACAGCUCAACAAGAACAAACCACAGACACUUGCCAACCAGACUCAUUACCAGGCCCCACCGCCUUCCUUCUCCUUUCGUGAAAGGAUAACUCACAGGAGUCUUGUCUACCUCUGGUUCCUGUGCAGUUCUGUAGCACUGGCCUUGGGGGCCCUAACACUACGGCGGGCUUUUCUCAUCUGUCGAGAUGAGACUAGCAUGGAAAGACACAUUAACAAGAAGGAGAGAUGUGGACUGCAGGCUAAGGGCAAAGUAUUUAGAAAUCCUUACACCUAUGGCUGCUUGGACGACUGGAAGGUAUUCCUGGAUGUAGGCACAGGAAGGCAAUGGUGUAUUUGGGUGCUGUUACCUUUUAGUCACCUGGCCCAUGGGAAUGGAAUGAGCUGGGAGGGCCCCCCGGCCCCCCCACAAUGACUGCUCACUCGGCCUCUGUGAUGGCAGUGUGAGCUGGAUAUGUCAGCAACAACUUAAGCAUUUGUUCUGCUACUUAUGGUGUCUCAAGGGAUCCAACAGCAGCUUUUCUUUCAGUUCUUGAUCAAAAAGAGCCAGUGGGCCUGCUCUAGGGUGCUAUGCAUGGACAACUCAAGGGCCAACGUUUUUCUCACUGAAGAAGGAAGACACAAACGUGGACAAAUCCUAGGACAGAUGUCCUUUACUGAGGCAAACAGAAGUUCCAGCCCCAGACUAGGGACCAGGGAGCUAGCUACCCCAGCCUCCAGAUAAAGCACCAGGGCUGGUUAUCUCCUUUUUCUACUUAUUGUCUUGGAAAAUACCUGAGGUUACAGCUGGGAUUCUGGCUUCUCAACGGGGUAAAAACACCAGACAUGCAGCUGAGGUCACUGCCAU